AUGACAGCGGUUUUCAUGGGACAUCAACCACCCGUCAGGGUCUACAGGGCAUACCCUCGCCUGUCUAGCGCUGCUUUUAAACGUCUCGCCAUUUUGUUUUUGGCGGGCUGGGCAUUGAAGGCAACCCUCUCGAGCUACAGCGAUGCUGUUUUCCCGAGCUCGCCUUUUGGAUUUCGCUCUCCAGAGUCCGAAGCUGCUUCAACUGGUGGAUUCGUUGUCGUUCAUCCCAAAUCAAGCGCUUCGAGCACCGUCAAAUAUGUGAAAGGCUUCAAAGGCGGCGAGCAGAAUUCUUUAGUCAACAUCUCUGGUCAACCCAACAACGCCUUGGCUAGUAUGUCCCCUGGCAUCGGCUCAAUUAUUUUCGGACCCCUCCUGGAUAUUUCUAGCAACAAAGAGUAUAGCACCCAACUAGGCACCAAUGAGACUACCUCACUUGGCGCCCCUGACAUCCCCAUACAUUUCACGGAUAUUACCCAAGCCUCUCUCGCUGAUGUACACGUUGUCGACGCCACAUUUACUACCAAAGAUAUCGCGAAGUAUCUCACUUUCCGAACGGUUCUAGCCACACUUCAACGCCUCAACUAUUUCUCUGUUGAUGAGUCCACCAUGCAUGAUAGACUCGAUCAUGGUGUCGAUUCCCUAAGUCAUAGAGGAGAUUACAAGUCAUGGAGCGUCGUUGUCUUUGCCCAACCUACCACACUACAACGCCUCAACUUUUUCUCUGUUGACGAGUCCACCAUGCACGAUAGACUCGAUCAUGGUGUCGAUUCCCUAAUUCUCAGAGGAGAUCCCAAGUCAUGGAGUGUCGUUAUUUUUGCCUAUCCUACCUCUCCCUUUGUUAACACCUGCGAUGAGGAACCUUACUUUGGCCAGACCAACAACGUUGUGGUUGACGUAUUCCCCGGCAUCGGCUCAAACAUUCUCGGACCCCUUCUAGAUAUCCCUGGUAACGAAAUGAAUGGCAUCCAACAAUUUUCCAGCUAUGCAACCCCACUCUGCGCCGCUGCCAUCUCCAAAGCAUCCUUGCUCUUGUCCAAUCUCACCGAAGCACAGUAUCUUGAUAUUUCCCAAGCCUCUCACGUCGAUGAACACGUUGUUGCCCCCACUAGUCCUACCAACCAUCCUGCAAAUCUCAUUCAAUUCCAAAUGACUUCCGCUACACAAAAGUGCCUCAACCACUUCACUGUUGACGAGUCCACCAUGCACGAUAACCUCGCAACAGAUUAUGGUGUCGAUUCCCUUAGUCUCAGAGGAGAUCCCAAGUCAUGGAGCGUUGUUGUCUUUGCCCAUCCUAGUCCUAUUCUUCAGACACUUCCAAUACACCGUCGCAAACACGCUGGCGCCGACACCCCGGCCAACCUUGCAAUACAUACCAUUCUCUUCCCAGCUUCGGUCGCAUGCAGGAAUAGAAGCUCGAUACUCUAUCCGAGUGUCGCUUCAGUGGAUGCAAAUGCGAUCGCCACAUCGAGGUCUGGGGCACAUCCUGAACGACUCUAUCUUUCCGACGUCUUCAAGAUACACCCAUCCGCACUCGGAAAGCAGUAUCAACUUUGGCAGCGGUACAGGGGGUCAGGGGCUUAG